ACUCAGCCUUUCGGAUAAGCACUCCAAAAACUUUCCCUUCCACUGUUCCCAUCUUCUCUCUCAAUUUCAAAUCCCAGAAAGAAAGAGAGAGAGAGAGAGAGAACCCUACGAACAGAGAAGAAGGUAAUAGAAGAAAACCAGAGAGGAACCGAGAGAGAUAUGUCUGUUUUGGGUGCAAAUAGUUCUCAGAUUCUGUACAGACAACUCCACCAACACCAAAUUCUAAGCACUGGGAAGCGUUGUUUUCUCAAUACAGAUUUUGGGCUUCUUGGUGAUCAGCGGCGGAGGGAGCUUAGGAUCAAGGCCGAGGCUGGGUUUUGGCCGGACUUAUCGCGUCCGGCGGCGGUGGAGAUGGAGUCCAUUGAUGAUUCCGAUCACCUCGAUCGGAUUUUGAUUCACUCCCAACAACUUUCUCAGCCAAUUCUUAUUGAUUGGAUGGCGACUUGGUGUAGGAAAUGCAUCUACUUGAAGCCUAAACUGGAGAAACUUGCUGCUGAUUAUGUUACCAAAGUAAAAUUCUACUAUGUAGAUGUGAAUAAGGUCCCUCAAUCUUUAGUAAAACGUGGAAACAUCUCUAAAAUGCCAACAAUUCAGCUUUGGAAAGAUGGAGAAAUGAAAGCAGAAGUAAUUGGAGGGCACAAAGCUUGGCUUGUGAUUGAAGAAGUUAGAGAAAUGAUCCAAAAGUUUGUUUCAUAAUUCACUUCAAAAACAAAUACAAACUUUGUUGAUUAUUAGUUCAACUUCAACCUUCCCUUAGCUCAAAUGGCUUCUCAAAAUCUUCAUUAUUUUCUUUUAUAUGUUGCUACAUUUGUAAACUUCUAAUGUACAUAUAUAAGAAAAUAUCUAUGUCAAUGGAAAAAUAUGCAUAUAUGCAAAAUGUUGGCAGGUUCAAUUUUAUAUUUC